UUUACAUGAAAUGAAAUUGAUUAAGAUACGACACUCACAAGCGAAACUGUUUUGUAAUGUAGGCAUUGCAUUCGUAGGAGUAGGGAGCGCGGAAUGCACGUUGCUAAAGCACCAAGAGUAAUAACACAGUUGACGAGGAACGCAUAACAGAGAAGGUGCGUCGCAGUGUAGCAGUGUUGCGUCGCGGUGAAACUAUUUAAGUGGAAUAAUUAUUAUAAAUUCAUUUAAAUUUGGUACAUCUACAUUGUUCCAACUCAGUCAAGAUGGAUCGGCGAUUCGUUAACGUUAUUUUGUUAGGAUUUGGCUUUAUGUUUGUCUUUACUGCGUUUCAAACAAUGGGGAAUAUAGAGAAAACGAUCCUCGACAGCAUAUCCCAAGAUGACCCCUCGUUCACCGGCGACGGCUACACGUCCCUGGCCAUCAUCUACGCCACGCUGGCCGUGUGCAACUGGCUGGCGCCGUCCGCCAUCACCCUCACGGGCCCGCGCGGCGCCAUGAUCAUCGGCGCGCUCACCUACCUGUUCUUCAUAGUGACAUUCAUGUUCCCCCGCACCGCUUUACUGUACGCGGCGAGCGUGCUGAUCGGCGCCGGCGCGGCCGCCAUAUGGACGGGGCAGGGCAACUACCUCACCGUCAACAGCGACGCUGAGACCAUCUCCCGCAACUCGGGAGUGUUCUGGGCCAUGCUGCAGUGCAGUUUAUUCUUCGGUAACCUCUUCGUGUUCAUAAAGUUUCAAGGCAAGCAGCACAUCGACCAGGAGACGCGUAACAUGGUGUUCGGUUGUCUAACCGCAGUAUGCGCGCUCGGCAUAGUGUUCCUGCUCUCACUGAGGCCCGCUAAGCGCGCCCCCGCUAUUGAAGAUGCCAAGAUUGAAGUAGUGAGCAAUGAACCCACCAGUCCCUUGGACGCUUUCAAAGGAGCCCUGAGGUUGUUCUACACGAGAGAUAUGUUGUUGCUAAGUGUCACAUUCAUUUAUACUGGCGUGGAACUAUCGUUCUUCAGCGGAGUGUACAGCCCGAGCAUCGGGUUCACGCUGUCUAUGGGCGAGAACGCGAAGCAGCUGGUCGGGUUGUCGGGAGUCUUCAUCGGGCUGGGAGAGGUGCUAGGUGGAGCUCUCUUCGGCAUCCUCGGUUCCCGCACGACCCGCUGGGGCCGCGACCCCAUAGUGUUCGCGGGCUACCUCAUCCACAUCACCAGCUUCUUCCUCAUCUUCAUCAACCUGCCCAACGUGGCGCCCUUCGGCGACACCAACGAGACCUCCUACAUCACCCCCUCGCCGGCGCUCGCCAUGCUCUGCAGUUUCCUGCUGGGCUUCGGUGAUGCGUGCUUCAAUACGCAAAUAUACUCGAUAUUGGGAGGGAACUAUGCCGAUAACAGCACGUCGGCGUUUGCCCUGUUUAAGUUUACUCAGUCGCUGGCCGCCGCGGCGUGCUUCUUCUACUCGUCGCGCGCUCCACUGUCGGUGCAGCUGGGCGUGCUGGCCGUGCUGGGCACGCUGGGCACGGCCGCCUUCUGCCGCGUGGAGGCGGCGGCGCGCGCGCGGCGCCGCGCCGACGCGCAGGACCUCGACGAGAAGACGCCCGCCACGCACGACCUCGCCGACAACGCCUUACAUUACGAUUGAACCAUACACUAGGAAUCCUCUAGACGGAGUUUAGAGCAAUUAUUUCAUGAAACCGAUGCUGCCAAAAAUACGGGGGUGCGGCGGACGAGAUGCGCGAGGUCCCGUGCCGUGAUUGGUCCGUUCAAAGACACGGACGUCACACAAAGACACUUGCGACUCGAAAAUGGAGUAAAACUACCGUAUUUGUGGCAGGGGGGGGGGGGGUACUAUGCUCAGUCUGGAGGAUGUCUUGUCUGUGGAUUGAACAGAGUAAACUCUAAUCUCACGUAUUCGGAGUAAACAUUGUUACUGAACAGUUUUAUUGGCAGCGUAUAACGUAUCUGUCUAAAGUGGGUGCCAUUAUAAGCAGGGCCGUCUUAAACUUUGCUGGGGCACAUAAGAAUUAGGCCCCCUUUUGGAAAGUAAAGAAAGCUAAUUAAACUAACAUUUUUCUACUAUGAUCAUUAUGGGUAAUCAAAUAUACUGUUACUGUCUGUCCUUCGGGGCCCCCUGAGGAUGGGGACCCGUGUGCCCUUAUGAUGACGACACUGAGGAUAAACCUAUAAAUAAAUAGGCAUCAUCACUUUACGUUGUACCGUCGAGCCUACAUUAACGGUAGGUUGCACCAAACUGUUUGUAUCGUUAAAGAGUUCGCUAUAUUUUUAUGUAUGGAAAGUUUCAUAGUAUCAGUCUGUCAAAUGUGGUUGGUGCAACUGGCCCUAAAUCGUAUGUAAUGUGAUAUUUAUGACGAAAGUUUUGUUUGUGUCAAUUUUGUAACGGUCGCCGAUCUCUACUAGCUGAUUGACGAUGACAUUAAUAUGUUCAGUUAUAAUUGUAGCAUUAAAAGUAUUUCAAAUAAACAUGUUAAAUGUAAAAUCGAUCAGCUGAAGAUGUUCAUCUUAGCUAAAAUGAAGCUGUCUCGAUAUUUUUAUACAAAUACGUACUAUAAAGUCGAAUAAAAUGUGCUUGUAGGUACUGAAGGAAAAUAAAUCUAUUAUAAAUUAUUUAGUAGAUACCUUAUGUGUAUGUUUUUAUAGGCCAGGCUGCACUAGAUUUAUUCUUGGUGGAUAUAAAAUAUGAGUUUAUAAUAUUGAAAUUCAGAUUGGUUCCAACAGUAUAAUAGUUUGCAGAUAUUAUAUAAUUAUGUUUUAAUAUUAGGUAGGUACAUUUAUUUUAUAGUUUUCAUAUGAAUAGUUUAAAUAUCGUUAUUAUUUGAUAUUUUACAUGCCUCGCAGCAUAAAAAUUGCAUUAGUUGCAAUUGGAAGUGUAUAGAUAGGCCUUAGCCUUAUAAAUGACCGGCCUCGAAAGCCCCGAGUUUUAAAACGGAGAUGCACAUAAUAAUAAAAUACUUAUUAUGUUAUGAAAGUGAAGGAAGCGAAAGAGGUAUGUCAGGAUCGUAGCAAGUGGAAAUCCGUGGUCUCUGCCUACCCCUCCGGGAAAUAGGCGUGAUUAUAUGUAUGUAUAUAUAUGCUAUGUAUUAUGCAUUGAUGAUUCAAAGAAUGUGUGUCCUUGCCUAUCAUGAAUAGUUCCUGAACCUCUUAUUAAACAUCUUACCUUGUCGCACACGACUUCAUAAUAUGUCAAGUUGUGCUUUAUAUAAUGAAGUUGUGCUAGACAAACCAUGGUAUUAUUAUAUAUUAUGUAGGUACACCAGCACGGGUAUGAUGGUCGUUCUUGUUUACGUGACAGCGUCAUAAAACGGUAUCCAUCACUUUCUAUCACGCGGUGUUAAAAAGUGACAUUUAUUUCACAUGAAAAAAGCCAUCCAUAAUACGCCGGCGGAUCAUAACCAUAUCAUAAGAUAUUUGAUUGUUUAUAAAAUUUCUAUAGCCAUAUUAAGGAUACCCAAAAAUAUAGGCUAUGUGGUCUAUGAGAAUGAAACAUAACAAUUCCUAUAUUUAGUUCCAUGUUUCAUAGUAAAAUGGUAAGAGAAGGUGCUGUCAGAUUGUAAGAAUGAUAUAAUGAUGUUGUAAAUAGUAACAUGUAUUUUUGUAAAUACCAGGAGGAAUGGAAUGUAAAUAAAUUUGCCACACAUUUUUUCUUAUGAUAUUAAAAUGGCUGUGGUCUCAAAUUAACUGCAAAUUUCGAAUAGCACAUUCCUAUUUUGAAAAGUAUUUAAAUUUUGUAUUUUUCUUGUCAUGCUAGGUGUGAGAGGAAAGCAUAUUAAACUUUGCCUUCAGCCCUUCAGUGGAUGAAUUUGUGAAGGGAAACAUGCAUUUCUGACAUAAAUAAAAGUAUUGCUUUAAACAUUCCAUUGGUUUAUACUAAUAUCUAACUAAUAAAGAAAACCAAAAUCAAAGUAAAUUGGUAAUGUCUAGUCAAUUAUUUUUUUCCGGGCACACUUUACUUGCUUUACUCAAACUUUAUUAAUAGAAAAUAACUUAAGAAUAGAUAUUAUCAUAUAAUUAAGACAAUAAAAUAUAUUAACAAUUAA